ACAGUAUAUAUACUACGCCUCCCAGACCAACAGCAGGUAGGAGAAACGAUGGCACUUCAAAAGGUGUUUGCUUUAAUUGUUGUUAUACUCCAAGCACUUCAUGCUUCACACAGUUCAACGAUUAAAGUAAAUAAUGGAGGAUAUGAGGAUAUCUUAAUAGCAAUAAAACCAGACGUUCAAGAAAAUGUCAAAAUUGUUGAAAAUAUUCAGGAUAUGGUGAAAGAAGCUACAAGUUACCUUUUUAAAGCAACAAAAAAUAAACUGUUCUUAAGGAGUGUAAACAUUUUAAUUCCAUCUACAUGGUCAUCAAAAAACUAUUCAAGGCCAAAAACAGAAACUUACGAUAAGGCAGAUAUCAUUAUUGCAAAUCCUUAUAUAAAGUAUGGAAAUGACCCAUAUACUUUACAAUAUGGUGGCUGCGGGGAACCUGGAAAAUAUAUUCAUUUGACGCCUGAUUUCUUACUGGAUGACAAAUUAACCAAAGUGUAUGGACCUCGAGGGAGAGUGUUUGUCCAUGAAUGGGCUCAUCUACGAUGGGGUGUGUUUGAUGAGUACAACAAUGAGGUGCCUUAUUACAUUACUCAAAAAGGCAAAGUAGAAAAAACAAGUUGUUCCGUUGGCAUCACCGGCACCAACAAAAAGCAAGAGUGUAACGGUGCCUCUUGUAAAAUGCUGUCUUGUCAACAAGACUCUAAGAGCAGCCUGUAUGAAGAUGGCUGUGUUUUUAUACCGGACAAGAAUCAGAAAGUAAAGGAGUCUAUCAUGUAUAUGCAGGCGCUGCCCACUGUAUCUGAAUUCUGUGAUGCAAGUACCCACAAUAUUGAAGCUCCGAACCUGCAGAACAAAGUUUGUAAUUUUCGGAGUACCUGGGACAUUAUUGUGAAUUCCACAGAUAUAACAUCCACACCAGCAAAGAAUGACAGCAAUAUUCCUGUCCCUACUUUCUCAUUGCUGCAGCACAAAGAGCGUAUUGUCACAUUAGUACUUGAUGUCUCAGGAAGCAUGGGAACUUAUGAGCGUAUAGUAAGAUUGAAUCAGGCAGCCAAGAUAUUUGUUACCCAAAUCAUUGAAACUGGAUCUCAGGUCGGCAUUGUCACUUUCUCAAGUGCUGCAUCCAUUGUUUCGCCCCUUGUACAAGUACUCGGUCAACAGCAACGGGACAAUCUUGCGAAUCUCAUUCCAACUGUUGCAAAUGGAGGAACACACAUUUGCAGUGGAAUUUUAAUGGGUCUACAGGUAAACAAACAGAUUAAUAAUUUCACCUAUGGAACUGAGAUAGUGCUACUAACAGAUGGAGAGGACAAUUUUGAUACAAGUCUUUGCUUCCCUGAUAUAAAAGAAAGUGGAUCAAUCAUUCAUGUCAUUGCCCUGGGAACAGCUGCGUCCAAAACUCUAGAGCAAAUUGCAAAAAUGACCGGUGGUUUACAGUAUUUUGCUACAGAUAAAGUUGAUGCUAAUGGUCUGAUUGAUGCUUUCAGCGGCAUCACAGCUGCAAAUGGAAAUAUCUCACAACAGGCUAUACAGCUGGAAAGCACUGCAUUAAAUCUGAAACCAAAUGAAUGCUUGAACGGCACCAUUUUUAUUGACAGCGCUGUUGGAAAAGAAACAUUCUUUUUAGUCACUUGGCAAAGCCCAAACCCGAGAAUCACUUUGCAAGACCCAAAUGGAAAACUAUAUACUACUGCCCAGUUCAUCAGUGACACAGCUUCCAGAUCAUCCAGACUGGAAAUCCCAGGAGUUGCUCAGAGUGGUCAAUGGAGAUACAGUCUGUGCAAUAGUUUUACAGGGAAUCAAGUUAUCGGGAUACUGGUCAACUCUAAGGCAGCCAAUGAUAAUAUUCCCCCUGUGCUUGUAAAUGCCCAUAUGAAUAGGGACCUUAAUCAGUUCCCCAGUCCCAUGGUCGUGUAUGCAUCAGUAAGCCAAGGUUACCUACCUGUGAAAGGGGCUAAAGUGACGGCAAUUGUUGAAUCACAGAGCGGAAAUCAGGUCAUUCUGCCACUUUUUGACAAUGGAGCAGGUGCUGAUGUUAUAAAAAAUGAUGGGAUCUACUCAAGAUACUUCACAAAUUUUACAGAAAAUGGAAGAUAUAGCUUAAAAAUAAGAGUUGAAAGCAGAAAGGAUAAAACAAGGUUGGCUCUUCGGAGAAGUCGCGCCUACUACGUUCCUGGUUAUGUAGAAGAUGGUGAGAUUGUCAUGAACCCUUCAAAACCUGUUGUGAGUGAUGAGGAUCUACAACCUGUCUUGGAAGACUUCAGCAGGACAACUUCAGGAGGAUCUUUUGUAGUUUCUAUGGUUCCCUCUGGUCCCCAACCAGACAUUUACAAACCAGAGAAAAUAACAGAUGUGGAAGCAAAAAUAGAAAACCAAACUAUUGUACUGAUGUGGACUGCAACUGGUGAUGAUAUGGACCAAGGACAAGCUACAAGCUAUGAAUUACGAAUGAGUUCUAAUCUCAACGACCUCAGAGAAAACUUUGACAACUCUACAUCGGUUAAUAUCUCCAUGGUUACACCACAACCUGCCGGAUCCAGUGAAAUAUUUCGUUUUGUGCCAAAAGAUGUUCACAUAGCAAAUGGCACCAUCUUCUAUUUUGGUUUGGUUGCCAUUGAUAAAGCAUCUCAGAGAUCCGACUUAUCUAACAUAGCGCAGGCAGCACUUCUCAUUCCUGAAGAAAAAUCUCCUACUGUUGUUCCUGUGACCUCAAUAACCUCAAAAACAAGUCAAAGCAAUGGAAAAAUGAACUUUAUGGCAAUGGUAAUGAUUUUCUUCGCAGCUACUGUGACUUCAUUAAUGUCUGCAGUGUGAGUCAUCAAACAACAAUGCAACAAUUUUCCUAUUUAUUAAUUAUCUAUUUAUUGAUGAAAUCUGCACAUUUUCUAAAUCAAUCACAAAUGAUGAAUUAUUAAACUAAAUCAAGUCAUUGUUUUUUUACGAACAA